GCGCUGCGGCAUCCCCAGCGCUCCAGCCCCCGGCCCGCCCCCCGCGCCGCUCCCGCUCCCGCAGCCCCGCGGCGGCCUCGGCGAGGCCCGGCAGGUCCAAUCCCGGGCACAGCUCCGUCCAGUCGGGCGGGCGCCGGGCGCAGAGCGGAGAUGGGGCGGCCCUGGGGCACCCUGCUGUGCCUGCUGCUGCUGGCAGCGAUCCCCGCAGCCCCCUUGCCGGCUCCGACUGCGACUUCGGCUCCCGAUGAGCCUGGCCCGGCUCUCAGCUACCCGCAGGAGGAGGCCACCCUCAACGAGAUGUUCCGCGAGGUGGAGGAGCUGAUGGAGGACACGCAGCACAAACUGCGCAGCGCGGUGGAGGAGAUGGAGGCAGAAGAAGCUGCUGCUAAAACGUCGUCAGAAGUGAACCUGGCAAACUUACCUCCCAGCUACCAUAAUGAGACCAACACGGAAACCAAAGUUGGCAAUACCACCAUCCAUGUGCACAGAGAAAUUCACAAGAUCACCACCAACCAGACGGUACAAACGGUCUUUUCAGAGACAGUGAUCACGUCUGUGGGAGAGGAUGGAGGCAGAAGGAACCACGAGUGCAUCAUUGACGAGGACUGCGGGUCCCGCAGGUACUGCCAGUUUGCCAGCUUCCAGUACACCUGCCAGCCGUGCCAGGACCACCAGGCAGUCUGCACCCGGGACAGUGAGUGCUGUGGAGACCAGCUGUGUGCCUGGGGUCACUGCACCGAAACAGCCACCAAAGGCAGCAACGGGACCAUCUGCGACAACCAGAGGGACUGCCAGCCCGGGCUGUGCUGUGCCUUCCAGAGAGGCCUGCUGUUCCCCGUGUGCACACCCCUGCCCGUGGAGGGUGAGCUCUGCCACGACCCUGCCAGCCGGCUCCUGGACCUCAUCACCUGGGAGCUGGAGCCUGACGGAGCUUUGGACCGCUGCCCGUGUGCCAGUGGCCUCCUCUGCCAGCCUCACAGCCACAGCCUGGUCUAUGUGUGCAAGCCGACCUUCGUGGGGAGCCAUGAGGAGGUCGGGAAGAGCCUGGUGCCCCGAGAGGCCCCCGGCGACUACGGAGACGGCAGCUUCAUCGAGGAGGUGCGCCGGGAGCUGGAGGACCUGGAGCGGAGCCUGUCGGUGGAGAUGGCUCUCGGGGAGCCGGAUGCCGCCACCGAGCUGCUGGAGGGAGACGAGAUCUAGAGCCGGGCUUGUCCUCCGGUAGAGUGCAAUAGAAGUAGCUAAUUUAUUUCCCCAGCUGUGUCCUCUAGGUGUUGGCUCACCAGGCUUUUUUCCAUGGCCUCUUCCCAGAACAUUCUCCCUCUGGCUCGAAACAGAAUGAGGGGCCGCAUACUCGUCCCGCUCCCCGCGCUGUACCCCAGGCAUCUCAGUUCUGCUGCCUGGGUGCGGGGGAAGGCGGGACAAGGCUGCUAAACAGGUCCAGGUGCUGGCUGCUUUGCUUCUGCUGGUUGGCAGAUGGCACGUUUCAUUUUGUUCUGUGCCCCCUUCCCCCAGCCAAGGAGGGGACCGAAAAGGGGGCAGAAUUUCCUCAUGACGGGUUGUACGGAAAUGUUGAUGCUUACACACGUGGAGAAGAGUGCCCUGUUUAGCAACCAUAAACCUGGCAAAAAUCUAACAAAUGAAACCCUCACGCAGUUCUUCGCACGGCACAGGCUUGCUGUGCCUUCGGGAGAAACAUCCUGUGGCCUCCGAGUUGCAUGCAUUCAGCUUUUUAGCAGCCACUCAGUUCCUACCUCUGUGCCAGGCAAGCAGUUUCCCCUCCACGAUCCAGACCUGUCACCACAGCCCGGUGAAGGGGCAUUGAUUCCCCAAAUGUCAGCAUCUCAGAGGCUCAUACAGGUCAGGCUAGUGACGAGCAUAGCAGGAUUUCACCCAAUGUGACCCCGAGCCUAGUGCUCCCCUACUGCUCCCCACCAGCCCCUGUGCCACCAAAAAUACCCCCCACUAAGACGAAAAAUGAAAUUUUUCUUUUUCUGAGGCACAUCUGGAAUGGAGGUGAAACUAGUACCCACAUGUCUCCAGGAGUCAACUUCUCCUCUUGGAAAUAGCGUUCUCCCCAGUGUGGGACGGGUCAUCCUUCUGGUGGUGACAGGAGGAACUGACACUGUCCCCUGGGGCGGUUAGUUACAUUAGUCACUCUGAGGGGACAGGAUCAGAGCAUAAUAUUUACGUUAACUUGCCAGAAACAGCACUUGGGUAAUUGUGGGGCCAGGAUUGUAAAUGAAAUUUGCAAAAUCACUUACCAGCAACUGCAGGCCAUUAUCAGCCACAUGGAGAAAAUCAAACCAAGCAAGGCUCUGUGAAAUACGGCUGCAAUACCCAGACUGAGCUCUGAACUGUGUGCUGUUCCACAAACGAUCUUUUCAGGUGUCAUGGACUGUUUCCAUCAUGUAUUCACCCAGAGUUAUUAAAUUUUAAAAGUUGCACAUGAUUGUAUACGCAUGCUUUCUUUGAGUUUUAAGUGAUGUAUACACACAUAUGUUGCAUUUAGAAAUCAAGCAUAAAUCACUUAAACUCUU